UUAGAAGCUGCUGUGGAUAAUGAGGAGCCGGGGGUGGGGGCCCUGCCGCUGCAUUGGCCACCACCAACUAAUUGGGACCAGAAGCUGGGACCUGAGAAGAGGGAGGGGGAGAGACAGACAGACAGAGAGGUGGACACAGGGGGUGUGUCAGAGAUAAAAAUAGAGACUGGUGGGGGGACCAUUAGAGCAGAAGACAGGGACAGAGAGAAAGAGGGACAGGGAGAGCAACAGAGAGGAGGGGCUGUGAGGAGAAACAGAGACAUGUAGAGAAGAAAUAACAGCCAGGGGAGGGACAAAGACAGAGAGUGGCCUGGGAGGAGAGAGAGUAGGAAAGGAAGCAACAGAGAAAGAAAGAAUGGAACAGAAAGGAAGAAAAGAGAGGGAAAGAGACUAACUGAGCCAGAUCAAGAUGGAAGGAUGAGGGAAAGACAGAGGAGAUGGAAGGACAGAGGACCUAGCCAGAGAUUCCCAGAGAUUAAUCCGGCAGGGAGAGAACAGAGGGACAGAGCUAGGGAGCAGGGGAAAGGAGCAAGGACAGGUAAAGUGACUGACAAAAUCAAGAAAACCUCAGAGAGCGGUGAAGAGGAGACAGACAGACAGGGGCCCUGAGCCACCCUGUGCAUGUGUUUAAGCCCCUCCCUGGGAUGUGUUCGGGGGUGUCGUGAAGAGAAAGCCCAACCCCCCCAACACUGGCUCUUAAGAUGAGGCCCUCCAUACACAGUGGGGAGGUGGACAAAGGUGGGACGUCCUAAAGGGCAGCAGUAACCUGGGACAAGGAAGCCUGGGCUCCCAGUUUCCCAGAGAGGAGGAGCCGGAGCUUGGGCUCCUAGGUUUAAGAGUGGGUGGGACGAGGACCCAGACUCCCGGUUCUAGGGGAGGAGAGGCCUGGGGACCUGCAUUCCUGGAUCUGAUGGAGGAAGGCCUGAGGCUGGAGGCCUGGAUGCCUGGGUCUGAGGGGAGGGACCUGGGGAACCCAACUCCAGGGUUUUGAAGUAGGAAGGUGUGCCAGGGAACUAGACUCUUGGUUUUGGGGUAGGAGGGAACAGAGGGCCAGGACCCCUGGUUUCAAAGGGAAGAAAGUUUGGGCCAUAGCCUUCCACCAGAUCAUCCAGUCCCUAUCUGCCUUCCUCAGCCCAGAGACAAUGUCCUUUACCUCUGUCUCUUUAAGAGCCUAAACCUGUUGCUAGGCUCCCAGGAUCCCCUAGGAGGGUGUCAGGUGCGUCACCCAAAUGCCCCUGAGACCCUACCUCCCAAUGCCCCGCCCAGAGCCAUUCUGCAGCAUUCAAAGGUCUCUGCAUCCAGCUCUGCUCACCUGCUGUUAUCUUGGACACCACUGAGCAGCAGCUAUAGGCAUCUCCCAGAGCUAUGAAAUCCUGCAGCCUGAUCCUCUUCCUCCUCGUCUUCCUCCUCGCUGGACUGGGUUCCAAGGCCGCCCCCUCGGCCUCUUCGCCUUUAGGCUCCGACUUUCCGGGGAUGGGCCACCCCUCUGAGACAUCCUCUCCUGCUUCUGAUAAUUCCACUGGAGAUCAGCCUAACCCAGAAUUCCCUGGGACUGUUUAUGCUGAGCCCUCCAAGACACCUCACCUAGUUUCCCCCGAGACUUCCUCCCUUCUUGACCUCCCUGGGACGCCCAACCCUGACCUCCCAGAAACCUCACACCCAGAGUUCCCUGAGACCCACAAGGCUGACCCACUGUCAACCUCAAUAUCAGAAUCCUUAGACAUCCCCAAAAUUACCCCCUCCCAAAUGACACACCCAGAGCCUCCUGAGAUCCCCAAACCUGGCCCAACUGAAAUUCCACACCCAGGAUCUCCUGAGACCCCCAAAGCUAACCCCUCCAAAACUUCACGCCCAGAAUUUCCUGAGCCUCCAAACACUUACCCUAUGCAAACCACACACCAAGAACCCACAAAGACUCCCAAAGUUAAUGCCACUGAAAUCUCACAGGCAGGAAUCCCUGAGACCCUAAGUCCUGACCCCACCAAGACUUUUGAUCCCAGAUCUCCAGAAGCCCAUAACCCUGACACCACUGAGCCCCUAAACUCUGAAUUUCCCCAGACCCUGUAUCCUGACCCUACUGAAACCCCCCACCCAGAAUCCCAUAUGACCCACAACCCCAACCCCACCAAAAUUUCCCAAACCAAAUUCCCCACAACCCACUACCAAAAUGCAACAAAUGUCCCCAUGACCUCUGACCCUGAAAUCUCUACUAGUCUUUAUCCAGAAACACCUUCGCCCUUCAUGGAUGAAGCUACUGCCCUAAAUCCCAAGCUAGAAACCCUUGCAGUCACCCAGCCCGACUCCCCUAAAUUUCCCACCUCAGAUUCUCCAGGGACCGUUGAGCUGAAGGCCCCCCAGAACUCUGACCCUAAGGGGCCCGACACCCCUCCUCCCUCAGCCCGGAUUGCAGGCCCCCCUGCUCUUCCAGGGCCCCCCAAUCAGCUGGCCCCUGCCACUCAGCGGGCCCCCCAGCGGCGCAGCGGAGGUGAGAGAGUCAACACUAUCAUCGUGGUGGAACGAGUGAAGGAGACCGGCGUGACUCUGGUGGGGCGGCCCCGCGGCGCGGCCGGCGGCGCCCUGUGCCUGUUCUUCGCGGGGACUGGGCUGCUGCUCGGCAUUUUCCUGCUGCUGUGGUGUCUCUACCGCCGGGCAGCGCGACACCGGCCCUUCGCGCACCACCGCCUCCCGGACGACGGAGACGAGCCGGUUAUGCAUUUGGACACCCCCAAGGACCCCUACGACCUCUACUUUUAUGCACCGGAUGCCUGGGUCCCUUCGCACAUCGCCACCAAGCAGCCGCCGCCCACACCCCAGCUGCCACCCAAGCUGCCCCCACCACCCCGCGGGGGCCGCCCUCAGCGCCUGGAGGCACUGUCCCCCGCCACGCUCCCCAACAAUUUCGUGUGAGCCCUGCCUGAGUCCCACCAGACCUGCGAAUCCCCAGAGGGAGGGAGGACCCAGGGGUCCUGUCCUCCUGACAUGCUUUGCUACAUAGUGGACCUAUGGGAUAGGGAGUCCAACACACAGAGAUGCUUUCGCUGUGGUCGGAGAACACAGCCUGAGGUCGAAUAAAUCAGGUGUUCCCAUGA